UCACUUGUGACCUAACUCUGUCUUCCACUGAUUACUGCCUGUGAUAUAGGCGCAAUGUAUCCACCGUAGUAGCACUUCUCAUAUGAAGCUGUGCCCACUGGAAGAGGAGCUCCAAUACGCCUCACUGAUCGAUCGCGAUGGAACGUUGACUACCCCCGCGACGCAAUUGACCUCCAGCGAAUUUCCUGGCCGACCAGCUUCGGAAAUGCGUUGCUCCUCACCGUCUGGAACUCAUAAAAGGCUGUAGUGUCAACGAUGAUGCCCCAACUUCCCAAUUCUAACAUGUACAUCCCCGAAGUCUCAGAAACGGUUCAGUCUCAGGCUCGGUCCCUGGCUGCAAAUCCGUCCCCGUUCGCCCAGACAACGUUCGUUCUAAAUAGUACAGGUGUGGCGGGCCUUCUAGGUGGAGAAGAAGCGAUGUCCACAGUGGCAUUGGCCCAAGUUUACGAUAGUAGGAGGUGGUUGGGCUGGUACAACACUCCAGGUGCAUACAUCAUCGGAAAACGCUUUCGACGCCUUGCACAUUCAAUCGUCUCUGAUUCGCACGUCAAUUCCGGAUCAGGUGUUGAGUCCGAAGUGGUGCACAUUGACCCCGCCCUGUUGCUUCAGCAUGAGGGCUGGCCCAAAGGCCCCGCCUUUAAAGGAAUUUUCUCCGGGACCUCUUUGCAGGUAACCGGACCUCUAGCUUCUCUUCUCAUGAAGAAAUGCGUCAGGAAGCCUGGUGUCUCGAUCACUGGCAGGACCACACAACCUGUGAAUGUCACCAUUGCUAGACUCGAGAAGGUUCCCGGUCUUAAACCACAAAUGAAGUUUCACCAUUCCCCACCUAUCUGCGCCAUUAUCCCCAUCGUCGUCAGCCUGGCCACAUGUGCCAUGUGUGGCCUGUACGGCGAGUGGUAUGGGUUUUCCAUGAUCCUCCUCGGAAUUCUUGCCAGGGGAUUGACCUGCGUCUUUAUCGGCUCCGGGGAACUACUUUUUGAUCACCCGAAGUGCGCAGAAGGCUCUCCCCCUGGCGACGGCAUCCUGGGCUGUGAUCAUGAACUGGUUCUGUUGAAAGGGGCCGAGAACGUGGUUAAUGCUGUCACACGUGGAAGGUUUUUCUUUUCCUUCCGAUCGAAGCACACUUGUCGCAUGGUCGAACUGUGUUCCUUCCUGCUCAUCGCUCAAGCAAUCACGCAGUUGAUCUGCGUCCCACAGAGCAAUUUCUUUGGCCAGCUGAUGUUUGCUUUUUCCAUCGCCACAUCUUGGGUGUAUAACUUGUGGUUUGUGUCAUUCGAUAAGGAGGAAGUCCGGCAGAAGAUAUUUUGCGAUGUUCUUGGCUCGCCCAAGCUCGACAAAUUCGUUUUUCCCAAUCGCUGUAGCGCAAUAGUAUCGCUUCUUCUCUUCUCUGGCGAUAACCAGAAGCUUUCCGGUGAUCCGAAAAAAUUGAUAAAGAUAAUGGAUGGUCUCCUUCCGUCGGGUUCUUUGGUGUGGGGAAUAUGGAAAGAGAUUGUUAUCGAACACCUCACAGAGGAACUACCACUCCACUUUGAUGAUACUCACUGGAACCAUCAGGAUUUAACCUCGGAAUCCGAUAGGGUGCUAUUGAAGACCCUAUUGAAAGAUGCUCAGACAGCUUACGACGCUUUCAUCAGCAAGCGGUAAUGUCAUGGGUUCGGCUAGUACCAUCAUUCUAUAUACCUGCCCUUUUCUAUUUAUUCCGGCUUCUUCUCUCGCAUACAGCAUUUGUUUCUAUGUCCUUACCACAGGGUCUGGUACCCAUUAUACCUAUGAUGGUUCAGUAUGGCAUUUGACACUGUAACUUAUUGGCAUGGAUAUGUAUUAUGAACGUUAAGGAAUAUUAAAGAUGUGAUGUAUCAG